AUGAAUGUAUCUCGAACAGCUUACUUCACCUCAGACUACUUGGACAAGCGCAAAAACGGCUCCAAAUCUACCCUUCCGUCUCGAUCCUCCCUGAUGUCUCCCAGAGCUGCAAGUCCCCUAAACUCGCCAUCUACUCCCCAAAGCGAAAAUCCAGAUGAUCUAGACGAGGCACUUACUCCAGCACAUUUGAACUAUUUGUACAAGAAAAAGCACCGCUCGGUCGACUACUCAGACUACUACUCCAGGGCUGUCAAUAGACCAAAACGGAAGGGGUACGUGAACGAUGAAAGUUCUUCGUUUCAGACAGAGGAGUUUGAUCUGAUAUAUGAAAAUGUCCGCAAACAGCCGAAAGAGUACGAUGGAUACUACAUCGAUCAGAAGAGGCGAUAUGAAGAAGCCGAGGAGAUCAAGCCGAAGAUGUUCACCCAUAAGACAUUCAUGGACGUUUUCGAUAAGGACCAGGAUGAACGGUUCAAUCCAAUCGACGUUGUUUUUGAUGACCCUGAAAGGAUGAGAGAAUUAGAAAAGAAGCAGAAGCUAUCUAGAGCGGUGAAGAAUGUGCAGAAGAAAGUGGGCAUUAACGACUACAAUUCAUACGACUACUACAUUGAAAACGAGAUUGACGAUGCUAGACGUGCAAAGGAAAUGAAGCAACGAGAAGCCAAGAUGGCGAAGCAGAAAGCUAAAUUGGAGAAGAAAGCCUUCAAACUCGCAUUGAAGAAAAAGAAGAAGGAAGAGAAAGAGCAAGAUCUCUUUGUGGAGCACGUCAGUGAUGAUUCUGACGAUGAAGCAAUGGAAGGGUUCCUGCGACCACCAGAGAACGAGAAUUUGAAGAAAGCCUGGAAAAGAAAAUGGAAGAACGCCAAGAAGGCCCUUGGAGAUGACUACUUCGAUAGUUACAAUCGUGAACGGGAAGCUCGUCAGCAGAUAAAAAGCAGACAAGAGGAUGUCGGCGACGAGAAGAGUCGAAUCACCUUACCUCCCUCUGGGGCGAUUUCUGGAGCGGUUGGUCCGAACGAGAAUUUCCAUCCAUUGUGGAACUACAUUCUCUCGUGGCUAGUGUAUACGCCACCCAUUAAUCCGGAUCCAGAGCCAAGUGGGAAGAUUGUUGAGCUAGAUAGAGACUUCUCUACUGCGCUGGCGCAGGGAAAGAAAAAGAAACAGCUUGCUCCAAAGAACCCGUUCAAAAACUACAAGAGUAAGUUGAAAAAGUGGAACGAACCAGCCUCAGCUUUCUUACCAGGUGGAAGAGGUUUGCCUGACACACUGUCUCAACGAACUUUCGAUCAAGCCUCUCGGGCAUCGUCAUUCUACACGUACUCUGAGCUACCUGAGGAGAUUGAGCUAAGUGACGAUGGAGAGUUAGGCGAUGAGAUCAUAAUGGGUGAGUCCCUGAUUGAACCGUAUCAUGGUUAUCCUCCCACUUCAUCACAGGCAAUGAUCACCAAAGAAAACAGUUUUGGAAGACUUCAUGAAGGCGGCCCGGUGAAAAUAGUCUCCAACAUCAACCUGUUGAUCAAGAGCAUCAGAAUCAUGAAAAUCAUUUUUGCGCCUAUAGAUAUCAUAGCGGUGCAUUUCCCGUCAUUGCAAACUGUUGUCAUUCUUAUAGAGUUGGUGAUUUUCAUGUGGAUUCUCUACGAGCUCUCGCUCCUCAUCGACGCGUUAUGCAUGGCCAUCAAAGCCGUUUGUGCACCGAUGAUUGCCAUUGGCAAAUUUAUGAAUCGUAUAAUGUAG